AUGUUUCAAAGAAUCUUUAGUCAAAUAGCAUGGCUGUGUUUUGAAGUAAGUUUAAAAAAAGUAAUUUCUGACAGAUGUAAAAUUCUUUGUAGAUCUGUAUGGAGUUUGGAAGAUUUUGAUAUUGGUAAACCACUAGGUAAAGGUAAAUUUGGUAAUGUGUAUUUAGCUCGAGAGAAGAAGAGUAAAUAUAUAGUAGCUUUAAAAGUAUUGUUUAAAUCUCAGUUACAAAAAGCCAGUGUUGAACAUCAGCUACGAAGAGAAAUUGAAAUACAGUCACAUUUACGUCAUCCCAAUAUUCUACGACUGUUUGGUUAUUUUCAUGAUAAAACCAGAGUAUAUCUCAUAUUAGAAUAUGCACCUAAAGGAGAAUUAUACAAAGAAUUACAGAAAAAUGUCCGCUUUGAUGAGAAAAGGUCUUCUAAUUAUGUACGACAGUUAGCAGAAGCAUUAAUGUAUUGUCACAGUAAACGUGUUAUACAUAGAGAUAUUAAACCAGAAAAUUUGUUACUCAGUUUACGUGGUGAUCUCAAAAUAGCUGAUUUUGGUUGGUCAGUUCAUGCCCCAUCAUCAAGACGACAAACAUUAUGCGGCACCUUGGAUUAUCUGCCCCCAGAGAUGGUAGAAGGUAAAAUGCACAAUGAAAAAGUUGAUCUCUGGAGUCUGGGUAUAUUGUGCUAUGAGUUUUUGGUUGGAAAACCCCCAUUUGAAGCUGAUGGUCACUCAGAAACAUAUCGAAGAAUUAGUAUGGUGGAAUAUACAUUCCCUAAUCAUGUAUCAGAAGGAGCUAGGUCUCUCAUAUCUUCAUUGUUGCGUCAUGAUCCAAAUAAAAGACUACCGUUGGCUGAAGUGUUAAGACAUCCAUGGAUUACUGAAAACUCUAUGAUGGGUAGAACACCAGCUAUGUCAACUUCUUCAUGA